AUGGUUGGUCUGGAUAGCUUCGAACUGGCCGGAAUCAAAAGUUACACCAGGUUUUGGGGUCUGCUGAUGUUUGGGUCCUACUCCGUGAUCAAUGUGAUCGUUCUACUGAAUCUACUCAUCGCUAUGAUGUCCAAUUCGUACGCUCAUAUUGAUCAACAUUCAGACGUGGAGUGGAAGUUCGCAAGGACACGUUUAUGGAUGUCAUAUUUUGAAGACAGUCCCACAUUACCACCGCCCUUCAACAUACUGCCAACACCAAAGCGAGUUAUGAAGAUCUUCAGUCUGAUGGGGAAGAACAAGAAAGUUCAAGUUAAGGUGGAAAAAGAGAAAGAGGAUGAUGUGCGAUACACAGCAGUUAUGCGUGCGUUAGUAUGGCGUUACGUGUCUGCUAUGCACCGGAAGUUGGAUGAGGACCCUGUCACGGAAGAUGAUAUUAAUGAACUGAAGGGAGAUGUAUCUGCAUUGAGAUACGAACUCCUGGAAGUGCUGGGAAGGAACGGAAUGGAUGUUUCUUUCACAAAUCGCAAGGAAAAAGCCGUUCUAGGCAAGCGCAUGAAGGUCUGGGAACGAAGGCUAAUGAAGGACUUCCAAGUGGCUCCUGUCUCCAUUAUGGAUGACGAGGGGAAGCCAACGAAUGAAGAUGCCCUCGCCAGGUUCCGCAGAAUCGCUAGAAUGGCCGCCGCUGCCAACAGCAAUGAUAAAUGGAAACAAACGCUUGCUGCUACUGGAGUGGUGUCUCAAAUCGGUCGAUGCCGAACCCGUGAGUCGUUCAGAAGUCAGCAGAAACUGCAGCAGGCAAUUGAACAUGCUAAACGACUUGUUAUGCGUUCACCGCUACCAGAAGGAUCCCGGUCCACAUCUCCAGUUCAAAUGCCAGUGUCUCCCGGACACACACUGACGGAGCUGAUUAAGGAUAUUUCUCAGGAUGUUGGUGCCGUUGUUGAUAUGAGGACUCCAGUGCCUAACAGGGUCCACGACAACCUUUUAAAUGUCCCGGGGGCAGUGAUGUCCCGAAGCCCUGCGCCUACAAACCAAGAAAGCAACACAGCCCGUCAGCCACGAUCACGAAGUUCUUCACCCAAUAGACCUCGGAGCUCGAGUCCAAACCCUGGAUCUAGCCAAACGCUUGCUAUUGGAGAUUUACGAUCAGUGGAUCCAAGUCCAUUAAAAUCAAAACGCGUGACUGAUCCCACUACGGUCCCAAAAGUUGUCAAAAGGAAAUCACCAUCACCAUCCAAUGAUCAGCAAGUAACGGAUGCAGAUGGAUGCGGAGACGCCGUGGCAAGACCAGUUGCUGGAGAGCUUCGACCGAAGGGCGCCCUGCCUCCUCCACCGUGUCACAAAGCUAAGAUCCAAGCCCCAACAAUGGAGAUCACACCAUGCACUCCUAUAUGCCAACGUGCGUCAACAGCUGGUUUUGAACCAGCGCCAAAGGCAGAGUCUCAGGUGCCAGCAGUGCCAGUUCCUCCACCCAUGCCGGAUUCACCGGUCAAUUCCGUGACGGACAGUACGGAGUAUCUGAUACCAACCCCGGAACCUCUACAGCAAAGAUCUUUGGACGAGAACAUCAGGAGUAUUAGGAAAACAUCGAAAACUUGGCUGUAA